AUGAGUGAACAGCUGCCCGCCGCAGACGACCUGACGGAGGCCGUCGAUACGGGGACGCGCUGCGAUUACCGAGAUAUAUACCGCGUCCCGACCGAUGAGGAUCCCAACAGAUACCAUUGGGUGGAUGAAAAACCGCCGGUAUAUGGUGCUACAGGCGACAGACUUCAGACAAAGAAAGCACGGGAAGCUUUCGCAGUAAACGUCUACCAUCGUUUUGACGAGGUGAGGGAUGAAUGGAAGAUCCACGAAGUACGCAUCAACAGUACGCUCCUUCAUGCUGCGCUGGAGAAGAUUCUCGAAGGUUAUCCAGGCUUGACACAGCAUGAGAUGAAGUCGUUCGCACCACCGUUUCUUCCAUUCAUUCAUCGAUGGGAAGCGAUGCUUAGUUUCAAGGAUAAUGUCGAACCAGAGUCAGAAACCGAGCAACAUCUUGAGCUAUUGCAGGAAGUCCUCGAGCCCCUACUCCAAGAUUCUUUCGAGAAGAUCCGCGAUGUAAAGAUGACUGGGCAUGUUGCGUUCCGAGACCUGAGCUUGGUUCUCAUCCCUGACAUGAUGGUUAUGGACCACGAGACUGACUCGGUCGGGAUUGUGAGGUAUUGUAAUCUUGAAUGCCUUCCUCCCCCAGCCCCAACAACAUUCUGGAACAUAGGCGUCGAUGUGGUUGACUGGGACGGAAGGCGAUGUGGUCUUCUUGCUCAGCCCAAGAACUUGUUCCAGUAUCAGGGCUUGCGAGCUUUGACAGCCUUGGAUGUGUCGCCUCUCGAGGGUCUUCCUGAUCAAGAGAGUAUCCGCGAAAGACUCAUCAAACGAGGCCGCCGUUUCGAAGAACUGCGCGGCCAUUUCUUCAAAGCCUUCACCGACCAACACGAAGAGCGUGUAAACGAACGGAUGGUUAUUGAUGCACGAGCAUACCACAAACACCAGCCCGCGAUCCCGCUUCCAGCAUACGCAAAACUGUCUGAGAUAGGCCAGCUAACGUGGGCCCAAUCCAUGAACCGUUACUCCUCCAGUGUACCAAGCACCCCAGGAUCGCGAAUCGAACUCGACCUUUCACCAAUGACUGAUGACGAAUGCCUUCUCGCUGUGCACUAUGUUAAGUGUUUCGACAUUGAGAAGAAGAAGUGGGAGAAGCUAGAUGUGACUAAGAUCCAUGAAAUACCUUGGGCUGAGCAUGCUUUCGACAGCUUAGUCCUCGAUCAGGACGAGAAGGAUCUGGUCUUGGCUCUGGUAGACCGCGAUCAGUUCAAGCAAGGGAAGCCCUUCGAUGACUUCGUCGUCGGCAAAGGCCAAGAGACCGUUUCUGAGCACCUGCGUCGCCCCCUCUAUAAGCUCGGGGCUGGUGAUCUGGGAAUGACGGCGCGUGCCGUUGAGGAUAGUCUGGAGAAAGCGCUGAAUCUGUGUGGACAUUUCGGUGCUGUCCUGCUUCUCGACGAAGCUGAUGUGUUCAUGGAGGCGCGCACUGUGAACAAUCUUCAACGCAACGAGCUUGUUUCAGUAUUCCUUCGCCUACUCGAAUACUACAAAGGUAUCAUGAUUCUGACCACGAAUCGGAUGCGCAGUAUCGACACUGCUUUCGAAUCUCGGAUCGAUAUCACGCUGAGCUACAGCUCGCUCGGAGAAAGUGAUCGCCUUCAAGUCUGGCGCAACUUCCUGGCUACUAUCGAUGCGCAGGACGUGGAUGUCGGAGAAGCUGACCUGGAGAAACUGGCAAAGCUCAACUUCAACGGGCGUCAGAUCAAGAGCGCAAUCAAGACUGCAAAGAUCUUGGCGGCGAGGAAAAUGGAACGAUUGAGUGCAGAGCAUCUCAUGGUCGUGCUGAACUUGAGGCAGAAAGCACUCGGUAUGAUGGAUAGUGGGGCAGAUGAUGAUGAAGCUGGGAGGAGGGCAGACCGAGACGAAACUAGGAGCAUGUGGUCGACAGCCACCGACACCGACAGUUCUCUUCCUAUCUAG